ACCGCGCGGUCUUUUUCAGUACUAAAAUUUUGUAUUCGUAGUGCUGAAUGGAGAAACACAUUUUUUCGUGUUUUUAAUGAAUAAUUGCUUUUGAAAUCCAGAAUAUUCAAGUUUAGUGUUGCUGGCGAGUUGGCGAGAUGCACACUGCCAGCGCCGAUGGACAGUACCGCGGUACGAAUGGGUCUACGCAUGGUAGAGAUAAAGUCGCCAUAUUGGAUGCCGGAUCUCAGUAUGGGAAGGUGAUAGAUCGUCGAGUACGUGAGUUAUGCGUGGAAUCGGACAUUCUCCCGUUAGACACGCCGGCGUACCAUCUCAAGGAGGCGGGAUACCGCGCCAUCAUCAUAUCAGGAGGUCCCAACUCCGUGUACGCUGAGGAUGCACCACGAUAUGACGCGGAUAUAUUCAAGAUAGGUCUACCUGUACUAGGUAUAUGCUACGGCAUGCAGAUGUUGAACAAAGAGUUCGGUGGCUCCGUGCUAAGGAAGGAGGCUCGCGAGGACGGACAGUACGAAGUGGAAAUUGAGACCACAUGCCCCUUGUUUAACCGCCUGGAGAAGCUGCAGCCGGUAUUGCUGACGCAUGGGGACUCUGUGCAGAAGGUGGGGGAGCGCUUCCGUGUGGGCGCGCACUCCAGCAACCACCUCAUAGCGGCAAUAUACAAUGAACAGAUGAGAUUGUACGGUGUGCAGUUCCAUCCUGAGGUGGAUCUAACGCCUAAGGGUAAGCAGAUGCUAUCAAACUUCCUGUUCGACAUCGCGGGCCUGACGCGCACGUUCACGCUGCGCUCGCGCCGCGAGGCCUGCGUGCAGUACAUACGAGAAACUGUCGGUGAUCAUAAAGUACUCGUGUUAGUGAGCGGCGGCGUGGACUCCACAGUGUGCGCGGCUCUGCUAAGAACAGCACUACGUGAAGACCAAGUUAUAGCACUUCAUAUCGAUAACGGAUUCAUGCGUAAGAACGAGAGCGCAAAGGUAGAGAGGUCGCUGCGAGAGCUGGGCGUGCGGCUACACGUUAUAAACGCAGCACAUCAGUUCCGUCAAGGCAGUACCAGCGUGCGCGAGGCGGGCGGGCGCGCGCGGCACACGCCGCUGCUCUGCCACACCACCUCGCCGGAGGACAAGCGCAAGAUCAUCGGCGACGUGUUCAUACGCGUCGCGGAGCAGGCCGUGCGCGACCUCGAACUGCAAGAGGAUCAAGUGCUGCUGGGGCAGGGCACGCUGCGGCCGGAUCUGAUCGAGUCUGCGUCGGCGCUGUGCUCCGGCAACGCGGCCACCAUCAAGACGCACCACAACGACACGGAGCUGGUGCGCGUGCUGCGCCAGCGCGGCCGCGUUGUUGAACCACUUAAGGACUUCCACAAGGAUGAGGUGCGCGCGCUGGGGGCUGAGCUAGGGCUGCCGAGCGCGCUGGUGGAGCGGCACCCGUUCCCCGGGCCGGGGCUCGCCGUGCGCGUGCUCUGCCAGGAGGAGCCCUACGCGGAGCGGGACUUCUCCGAGACACAGGUAAUAGUGAAGAUAAUGGUGGAGUAUGCGUCGAUGUGCGUGAAGUCGCACGCGCUGCUGGGGCGCGUGGCGGGCGCGAGCACGCCGGCCGAGCAGGCGGAGCUGAAGCGCAUCUCCUCCAAGUCGCCCGUUGCCGCCACGCUGCUGCCGGUGCGAUCUGUCGGCGUACAAGGCGACGCGCGCACGUACAGUUAUGUGGUGGCGCUGUCGACGGAGCGCUACCCGCCCGACUGGCAGGACAUGCAGUACCUCGCGCGCAUCAUACCGCGCGUCUGCCACAACGUCAACAGGGUUUGCUACGCAUUCGGCGGUAUAAUAAAGGAGCAGGUGACAGACAUCACUCCCACCUUCCUCACGCAGCACGUCGUCUCCACGCUACGUCAGGCUGACGACCUCGCCACACAGGUGCUGACAUCUAGCGGGUGUGCGGCGCGCAUCGCACAGAUGCCAGUGGUGUUGCUGCCAGUGCACCUGGACCGGGACGCGGCGCUGCGCUCGCCCUCCUGCCAGCGCUCGCUAGUGCUUCGCCCCUUCCUAACCGGAGACUUCAUGACGGGCGUCGCUGCGUUGCCAGGAUCCGACGCCAUGCCGCAAGACGUUGUGGACAGGAUGCGCAAGGAGCUGAUGAGCGUGCCGGGCAUCUCUCGCGUGCUGUACGACCUGACGCCGAAGCCGCCCGCCACCACCGAGUGGGAAUGAUCGCACGUGACGCGUCACGUCACAUCACGUCACGUCACGACGUACCACGACACGUCUUUUAUAUAUUUUUUUACUGAACGAACGCACUCUAAGGCAGUGGUCCCAUUCUCACGUAAUUGAACGGUUUUAUAAUGUGAUGUGAAAAUAUUUGCCUUAUGACUUGUUCUGUUAAUUAUCAAAUAAAGGCGUUUUUGUUAAUUAUAACUUGGUUUGCGAUUAUUAUUUUUAGUAUAGCUUACGUUAUGCUUGCUUGGGGUUUGCAUUGUUUUUCGUCUAUUUUCUAUGCUACUUAAAUUCAAAAACGGACGAAAAGUUUUGUACGCCCUCAGUACGGGUUUUUUAUGUUAAUAGCGAAGUACGUAAAUUGACUCAAUUUUUCGUUUCGUGUGGAAUAUUAGAUAUUCGAAUACAAUUGUUAUCGAUUAUUUCGAAGCUUGGUAAAUGGUGUUUUUGUUGUCAAUAGUUUUGCUAAAGUAAGACUGUAAAUAAAAUUUUCCAAUGUAAUAUAAAUAGGAUCACUGCCUAAUAAUGAAUUUGUAAAUAGAUUGGUAUAAAGCGACACGAGGUACUGGUGUCAUUUUAAGUCCGUUAUUUACCUUCAGUUUUAACUGAACACAUGAACUGUACAAUUAGAGCAGACAACUGUAGUUUGACAGUUAACAUUUUGUCUACAGAUCGGAUUUAACUGUACAUUUCGAUUGUUCGGUAAAACUGAAGGUGGUUGGCGGCUUUAGUUCCAUUGAUCAGUUUUGUAACGACAUAGUAAUUUAUUGUAAAAGGCUGUGUAAAUUAUAAAGAUCCCACAAGUACUGCGCACGUCGAGGUCGAUUGAAAUAAUUCUUGUAAAUCAAAGACACAUUGGUGUUUUAUGGAAUGGUUCAGUGUUAUUGACUGGAAGUUUCAUAAUAAAAAUUAUAUUAUGCUUUA